UCCCUCCCAGCUGGACAGCUAACCAACGUCUCCUUGCAGGUGCCCAUAGGACUAGUUUUACGUACAUAGCCUGCCGAAGAGGAGAGGACAGAGAGAGGCAUAACUUCAUAACAAUUUUCUUUGUCUUUUCUGUUGUUUUUUUAUUUUUACAUGUUAGAUAUUUGAGAAAAAAAAACGAUUUGAUGUUUGCGAAAAUGGUGUCGAAGUUGACAUCUCUGCAGCAGGAACUUCUGAACGCCUUGUUAGAUUCUGGAGUUACCAAAGAUAUCCUUAUCCAAGCGCUGGAUGACAUGGACCCCAGCCCGACUGGCUUUGGAGUAAAGUUGGAAAAUUUGCAGAUGUCUCCGUCGAGCGCGAAAAUGAACGGCGGUGAUUCCGAUUCAAAGCCAGUUUUUCACACGCUGACCAAUGGGCACAGUAAAGGUGGGAAGUUGUCCGGAGACGAGGGAUCCGAGGACGGAGACGAUUUCGAUACUCCGCCGAUACUGAAAGAACUCCAGUCUCUCAAUACUGAGGAGGCGGCAGAACAGAGGGCAGAAGUGGAUCGAAUGUUAUCCGAGGACCCAUGGCGCGCCGCCCGCACAAUCAAAGGGUACAUGCAGCAGCACAACAUCCCACAGCGCGAGGUCGUGGAUAUCACUGGACUGAACCAGUCUCACCUCUCGCAACACCUCAACAAGGGCACGCCCAUGAAAACUACCAAGCGCGCUGCACUCUACACCUGGUACGUCAGGAAACAGCGAGAAAUUCUGAGACAGUUCGACCAUGUGCAAGGUUCUGGCAGCAAUAUGACAGACAAAGGCAGUCAGGAUCAGGUGCUGUUUUUUUUCCCAGAGUUCAAUCAUCCUGGGCAAGGUAUGGGCCAGCCCGGGGACGACGCGGGCGCUGAACCCGCCAACAAGAAAUUGCGUCGCAACCGCUUCAAAUGGGGGCCCGCAUCCCAGGAGAUCCUCUACCAGGCCUACGAGAGGCAGAAAAACCCCAGCAAGGAGGAGCGAGAAGCUCUGGUGGAGGAGUGCAACAGAGCCGAGUGCGUGCAAAGAGGGGUCUCCCCGUCCAAAGCGCAAGGGCUGGGAACCAACCUGGUCACCGAGGUACGCGUGUACAACUGGUUCGCCAACCGGCGCAAGGAGGAGGCCUUCCGGCAGAAGCUGGCCAUGGACGCCUACAGCGGGCCCAUCCACAGCAUGAACCCCCUGCUCUCCCACAGCUCCCCACACCAGCACCACACCAGCGGCUCCCCACCCAGCAAAAUGUCAGUUCGAUACAGUCAGCCGGGAGCUAGCGAGGUCACUUCCUCCACCACCAUUAGUCACCACAGCAACAACGGCAUGGCGACCAGUCAGUCGGUCCUCCAGCAGGUGUCUCCGGGAGGCCUGGACCCCAGCCACAGCCUGCUGUCACCUGACGCCAAGAUGAUCUCGGUUUCGGGCGGAGUCCUGCCCCCGGUCAGCACCCUGACCAACAUCCACAGCCUGCCCCAGAGUUCCCAUCACCACCAGCAGCAAACGCAGAAUCUCAUCAUGACCAUCGCUGCGCAGAGUCUGAACUCGUCGCAGGCGCAGAGCGUGCCGGUCAUUAACAGUGUGGCAGGAGGCCUGACCACGCUGCAGCCGGUGCAGUUCUCCCAGCAGCUGCAGAGUCCCCUGCAGCAGAGCCUCACGCCCCAGGCGCCCUCCCACAUGUCCCAGCAGCCCUUUAUGGCCACCGUCACGCACUCUCACAUGUACCCACACAAGCAGGAGCCUCCUCAGUACUCCCACCCUUCACGUUUCCCCUCCGCCAUGGUGGUGACAGACGGCAGCAGCAUCAGCCAUCUCAGCUCCAUGUCCUCCAGCAAACAGGAUUCCCCUGUAAACAAGAUGGUGCAACUCGGGGGUCUCUCUUGGUGCCCUCUGCAAGCUUGGUGAGCGUGCUCAGCUGAAUCCCCCGGUGCCUGGCAACAGGAGCAUUGCUUUUCCACCCUCUUACUGUGGUAACCGUGGCAACCAGGCUGGAAGACGAGUGGGUCAACAGCUUGGGAGUUGGUUAGCAGCCGACCCAGCGAGAGCAGCGCUGACGGGGAAACGAAACAGCAUCUUUUUUAACGAAACAAACAAAAAAUGAACACUUGGUUUGUAUUCUUUAAAAACCAAAUAAAAGGAGGCAAUGAAGGACGAUGGACUCCCACAGGCACUGAUUAUGGUCAGCAAGGACACAACACAGUAUUUUCACUUUUUGCUAUAUCUCAGUUUCAUUUAACAAAAGAUUUUUGGACACAAAUGAACACGAAUGAAAACAGCCAUUUAUAUCCCAUUUGAAAUUAUGAAGGAAUGGAGCAAAAUAUACAAGGGAGAAGUUUCCCCUUUCCUUUUCAUCUUUUUUGGAAGGGGGUGGGAGGUCUUGAGGAAAUUCCUCCCGACAGUCAGCACCGGUUUAGAGAGGCAGUGACCCUGUCUCUCAGCUCCUGGACUCUAACACUAGGGAAGCCCCGAAGGCUCCACUGCAGAGACAGACAGACAGACAGACAGACAGACAUGGACAGACAGACAGACAUGGACAGAUCAUCGCUGGGGUAGGGGAGGACCCGCUGAGCGCUCUGUUGGACUCUGUGAGUGGGCCUGGUGAGAGUGAGAGUUCUUCUGGCAGUUAGGCCGGCUUCCCUUACUCAACUGUGCAGCACUGGCUCUCUCCCUCUCUCUCUAUGGAUAACAAGUGACUGCAGCUACGCUGGAGAGACUCUGGAGUGACUUGCCCUCCACCUACAAUUACCCUAUAAGCCCUCCCUUGGUCGAGUUACUAGUGUAUUCGUUGUUAUUAUGGUGCAAGGGGUCUUCCACAUGAACUCUGCUUAGAUGCUGUUUUCUUUACAGUCAAACUUAUUCAUAAUUUCCCCUGCUUUCUUUUGCCAUUUUAAUAGACUGAAAUGGAAAUUGCAAACAUGAUGUUAUUGUAAUGAUGAUGAAGAUUGUGUUGAUUCUAUUUUUUUCACCUUUUAGUGGCAAACUGUGAUUUAAAAGCGGGAAAAAGCUGUGUUUUUGGAAGAACUGUACAAUUAAUAGAGGGUGCGCUUGUACUCUGCCACACUAUAAGAAACAAAGGGAAGGAGGACAGACAGACACUUUGUAACCAUGUGCAGUUAUGAUUUCUCGGUGAUGUCACAGAGACAAAAUAAUGCUACGGUCCAUAUUUAGGGCAAUUUGUAGUUUUGCCAUUUUUACCAGUUUAUAGCUUAUAUUUUUUUUCAUUUUCACCUGGGUUUAAUAUAAAGAGAGACCAACCUUUCAGAUGCCUGGGAGGAGUUCUGUCAAGAACCUAACAUCUUCAAUGGGUAGCUUUGGCCUGAAAUUAAACACAGGAAAAUGAAAUUAACCAAUCAAAAGGCUUCUAGAAGCCAGGCCUUUAGGCCAAGAGCGGAUGGUCUCUGGCCAAUUCACCCCUAAUUGGUGUAUUUUAAUAGUGGCACAGCUGUGACACCAGGUGACUGAUCUCACAGCGAUUUAAAAAGGGGCAUCAUUUUAGCUAUUAGAGAUAUUUGUCUCUUCAUAAAGAGGCAGAUAGUCGGGAAGGUAUAAAUGAGGAAAUGGUCUCUCUUGAAUUUCUUCAACAUUACUCAUACUUUGCACUUUUCCCCCUCCAGAAACACUAAAUGCUGAAAGAGAAAAUCAUUUCUAUAUUUGUAUCUUGCUGUAGCAGUGGUCUCUGCAUACCUGGAAACAUGUGACACACAUCCAGCGAUAAACAGUAUUACUUCUUCAAGCAUAAACCACUAAGAAACACUACAACAGCUUGUAAGAAAAGAGAAGGGAACAAUGACUGGUUCAGAAUUAUGUUUUAAGACAGCAUUAUGUCACCUAUAAGCUGCUGAUUAUUAUGCAGAAUAUGUCAAAGAAUAGCAUUCCAUACCAAUGAGUUAAUUUAUCUGGCAUGCAUUGAAAAUGAAGGUCCCACCAUUUUAUCUCUUUGCCCCACUGUUGAUUUUUUCGGAUACUCUUCAAAGGUCACAAUGCUGUUGCUAUUUUGUCAAGCAAUUUGUUUAUCUGUAUAUAUGUGAGACAUACCCACUGCCAGCCGAUCAGAGGGGAAACCAGUUUAUACCAGUUUAUGUGAUUUUCUUUAGGAUGUAUUAUUUUUGUAUAAAGACGGAAAUCAAUCUUUUAAAAUCAUAUUUAUACUCUGUUGUAAAGUUGAUAUUUCAAGUAAACAUUUUUUUUUUCAAAAUGGAA